GCUUCAUUUGAGCGAGCCAAAAAAUGGGUCCAAGAACUUCUUUCACAAGGCAAUCCAAAUUUGGUUAUGGCACUUGCUGGAAACAAAGCUGAUUUGCUGGAUGCAAGAAAAGUGACAGGAGAGGAGGCACAGACAUAUGCUCAGGAAAAUGGCCUUUUUUUUAUGGAGACCUCAGCAAAAACUGCAGCAAAUGUCAAUGAUAUUUUCUAUGAAAUAGCAAGAAGGCUACCUCGGGUGCUGCCGGCACAAAACCCAGCGGGAAUGGUUCUGAUGGAUAGACCUGCAGAAAGGACAGCAAGUGCAUCUUGUUGCUCUUAGGUACUCAAGGUAGUAGUGCGGCUUGUCACAGUCACUGCUCAUGGUAUUGCAUAUUUUCUGUAAUAUGGUCUAGAGAUGGACCUUUUAUCUUGACUCUAUUACACCCUGUUCGUGUACCAUUUUAUUCAGAUUUGUAAAUGUUCUUUUUUUUUUUUUCUUCAUUUAUCUUGUCAACCCAGGAAUGGUAUUGGAAAUUUGUCUUUCUUGUAAGUAAAUGCUCUGGUGUGCUUUAAUUCCUGUGGAAACUAUGAGAUUAGUUCAGCUUCUCUUGGUAAAA